UUACCUACCUCUGACCAAGAAGCUGGUAGCGAUGUAGGAGCAAGAUCUUGGGUAAAGUUGACAGGGAGGAAGCUCCUCAUGCACAUUGGCUUGACAGACUCGAUAUGUGACAGCUCCGGAGCAAGGCACCUGCCGGAGUUUGGAAGAGGAUGCUACCUCCGAGACAAGCUGACCUGCUCAGGCCUUCCGACGCUCCACUCGGCCUUCGCGGAGUCCACGCGCGGUGAGUUGGUCUUCGUGGGCGUCAAGCGCCGAGACGAGGCCUGGGAUAAGGAGCAAUUCAUCUGCGAGUUCCCCAACGGGGAAAUGACCCUCACCGACCCUGUUGUGAGGGACUACCGGAGUUUUGGCAACGGGUACCCGCAGUACCUGGUGGUCAUCACCUGCCCGAUGCCACCAAGCAUCUCCGAUGAAGUCAACCGGCGAGGCAUCCGUCGGUUUAGGGUGAACUUUCGCCUGGCUUCCGAUCCCCGGUACGCUUACACCGGCGUGCCGGUGUGUCUCACCGAGUCGCACCGGCGCGAGCUCACCCUGUGCACCAUGGUCAAAGACAUGGGAAAGUACAUCCCAGACUGGUUGUUCUACUACAAAAAUCUAGGCGUGGAGCAUGUCUAUAUCUACGACAACGACCCAAGAACCACCAUGCCCGAGGAUCUGAGGGGCUACCUCGACACGGGGUUUGUGACUCUCAUACCAUGGGCGCACACCCCUAGCCCAGACAAGACGUACCUAGAGGUGCAAAUAGCCCACGAGAAUGACUGCCUGUGGCGUCUUCGUCACAACACGGAGUGGGUGCUCAAAGUAGACGUAGACGAAUUCGUCCAGCCCAUGGACCCAAACCGGACCAGGAUAACAGACUACCUAACCGAUCCUCGGCUGAAAUCUCUGGCCACGAUAAAGCUCAGGAAUUGGUUCUUUGGCCGACCACCCAACUCCAAGAAGAAAAUUGUAGCGGCCAGGACGGUGUUCGAGCGGAACCCGUGGAGAGUGCCGGACGCCACGCCGGAGAACCGCGGCCGCGACAAGUGCAUCGUCCGGCCAAUCAACGUCCACUAUUUCAAGAUCCACGGGGUCAAGAUUGGGGGAGACACGCUGACCCUUGACCCCGAGGAUGACCUCAGGCUCGUCCACUACCGGAAGGACAACCCGAGACAUCGAGGCUUUCGCAUGCGCCAGUUGGUGAAAGAUGCCAGCAUGAUUGAAAUUUGGAAGAAAAUGACGAGUGGAAGGGAUGUCUCACCCGAACUUUUCAAACAGCAUACAGACGCAAGUUUACCAUAGUUUUAUAUCCAUAAGUGUAUUUAACUAAGACAUCACCUCUAGCAGUAAUAAAAACUGUUAACAGUAUUUACAUUC